GGACAAUGAGUGACGUGGAAGGUGGACUGGAGUGAGUAACAAACUUCGGGGGAGAAAAAAGUCGAGAGAGCCAAAUCCUUCGCCUGUGUGCAAGCUGCUGAGGGUUUAAGUGGGCCCAGCACCAUGAGUCUGGACAAAGCAGAGCUGUGUGACUCACUGUUAACCUGGUUACAGACAUUUCAGGUGCCAUCAUGCAACAGCAAGCUCCACCUAACAAGUGGAGUGGCCAUUGCACACGUGCUGCACAGAAUAGACCCCUCUUGGUUUAAUGAGACGUGGCUAGGCAGGAUCAAGGAGGAGAGCGGGGCCAACUGGCGCCUCAAGGUCAGCAACUUGAAAAAGAUUCUUAAGAGCAUGCUGGAAUAUUAUCAUGAUGUGCUGGGUCACCCGGUAUCAGAUGAGCACAUGCCAGAUGUGAACCUCAUAGGAGAAAUGGGAGAUGUCACUGAACUGGGCAAGCUGGUACAGCUGGUAUUGGGCUGUGCUGUCAGUUGUGAGAAGAAACAAGAGCAAAUCCAGCAGAUAAUGACACUUGAGGAAUCAGUCCAACAUGUUGUGAUGACAGCCAUUCAGGAGCUCUUAUCAAAGGAGCCUUCAUCAGAACCAGGAAGCCCAGAGACCUAUGGGGACUUUGAUUACCAGUCCAGGAAGUAUUAUUUUCUCAGUGAGGAGGCAGAUGAGAAGGAGGACCUGAGCCAGCGCUGUCGAGACCUAGAACAUCAGCUGUCGGUGGCUCUGGAGGAGAAGUCGUCCUUGCAGGCAGAGACGCGCUCCUUGAAGGAGAAGCUGAGCCGCUUCGACUCCCUGGACGCCUCCACCACUGCCAUCACCGGCAAGAAGUUGCUGCUGCUGCAGAGUCAGAUGGAGCAGCUUCAGGAGGAGAACUACAGACUGGAGAACAGCAGAGACGACAUGCGUGUGCGGGGAGAGAUACUGGACCGCGAGGUGACUGAGCUGCAGCUGCGGAACGAAGAGCUGACCAGCCUGGCUCAGGAGGCCCAGGCCCUCAAAGACGAGAUGGACAUUCUCAGGCACUCGUCCGACCGGGUGAACCAGCUCGAAGCCCUGGUGGAGACGUACAAGAGGAAACUGGAGGAUCUGGGGGACCUGCGCAGACAGGUGCGCCUCCUGGAGGAGCGCAACACCGUGUACAUGCAACGCACCUGCGAGCUGGAGGAGGAGCUCCGCAGGGCCAACGCCGUCCGCAAUCAGCUGGACACCUACAAGAGACAGGCUCAUGAGCUUCACACCAAGCACUCGGCAGAGGCCAUGAAAGCUGAGAAAUGGCAGUUUGAGUACAAGAACCUUCACGACAAGUAUGACGCACUGCUGAAGGAGAAAGAACGUCUGAUCUCAGAAAGAGACACACUUCGGGAGACAAACGAUGAGCUCCGCUGUGCACAAGUCCAACAGAGGUGUCUCAGUGGUUCUGGAGGCUUGUGUGACAGCGGCGUCCCAGCUGGAAACCUCGCUGCAGAGAUCAUGCCUACUGAGCUCAAGGAGACGGUGGUGCGUCUACAGAGUGAAAACAAGAUGCUGUGCGUCCAGGAGGAGACCUGCAGGCAGAAAGUGGUGGAGGUUCAGGCCGAGCUGGAGGAGGCUCAGCGCAGCAAGAACGCCCUGGAGACUCAGAACAGAUUAAACCAGCAGCAGAUCUCAGAGCUGCGGUCUCAGAUCGAGGAGCUCCAGAAAGCGCUCCAUGAGCAGGACAGCAAGACCGAGGACUCGUCCUUACUGAAGAAGAAGCUUGAGGAGCAUUUGGAGAAGCUCCAUGAAGCUCACUCAGAUCUGCAAAAGAAAAGAGAGGUCAUUGAUGAUUUAGAGCCCAAAGUGGACGACAACAUGGCAAAGAAGAUAGAUGAACUCCAGGAGAUCCUGCGGAAGAAGGACGAGGACAUGAAGCAGAUGGAGGAUCGGUACAAGCGCUAUGUGGAGAAGGCGAGAACGGUGAUCAAAACCCUGGAUCCCAAGCAGCAGCCGGUGCCUGCGACUCCUGACAUCCAGGCACUGAAGAACCAGCUGACCGAGAAGGAGAGAAAAAUCCAGCACCUGGAGCAUGACUAUGAAAAGAGCAGAGCCAGGCAUGACCAGGAGGAGAAACUCAUCAUCACUGCAUGGUACAACAUGGGGAUGGCGUUGCAUCAGAAAGUGUCUGGCGAGCGGCUGGGUCCCUCCAACCAGGCCAUGUCCUUCCUCGCCCAGCAGAGACAGUCCACCAACGCCAGGAGAGGCCUGACACGCCAUCACCCCAGAUAAAAGGCGUCCAGGCGCGCUGAAAGGAGAGAAGACGAGGUGCUCUGCAGCAGACUGCACCUGAACUCCCUGCAUCUUUGCCUUAAUGCCUUCCACUGGAUCACUGCACCUCAGAGAGGAUUGGUCAUGCUGCUGCUGCCCCCUGCUGGCUCUCAACGCUACGAGAAUGUUUCUUCUCUCUGUGGAGCCCCGGAGGAGGCAGACACUAAUACUACUGCUGCUGUUGAAACAGAACUGAAAGGAGGAGAGGGUCUGAAAAGAGGCCGUUUCACCUUUUAAGGUGACUUUUAUUUCCUCUUUCACCUCAUGGACUUGAGCUUUUCUUAAGGUUUGUUUUAUUUUUAUUUUUUUUGUCUUUUAUGUUAUACUAUAAGAUAGAAUGUGAACUAGUUUUGUCAAGUUCAGAUGUAGGAGACAAGAGAGGAGCUGUUAGAGGCUUCUUAUUACUGCUGUAAGUGCUAAAGAAAAGGUAAAGCCACACAGGCGAUCACAGUCAGCCGUUAGAACAUCUCUUUGGUUUUGUCAUUUAUUUUUGUCAUGUGUUUUGAGGUGAGUUUGACUUUAUUCUUUUCAUUUUAAAGGCUUCGUAAAGACCAUAAGGGCGUGUUAAUGGCUUUAGCUCUCCCCCACCCCCCUUUGUAUUCACUCUUACUUUUCUCUAAACUUAAUAUUCAUAAUAAGCAUUACUUAAAAUGUUCUCAAGAUACACCAAAGCACUUUCGUAGAAGGGCGGGUUUGUUUAGUGCCUCGCAGAAAAAAUACUCCCUCUAAGGAUGAGAAUGAAGUUUGAGAUAUUUGCAGUGUGAACGCUAAUGAAUAUGUCACUGCAGGCUCAUUUUCAUAUGGCUGAUGAUGAUAAUUUUUUUAACAAUGUUCUCUAAAUAUGAAUUAUUACUUUGACUUUUUUUUUUUCAUUUCCUUCCCUCUUCCCAAAGAUUCAAAACAGGGUGUUGGACCUUAAUGCACUCACCACUUUAGACUCCAAACUGCCUCUUAGUUUAUCACAAAGACUGGAAAACCAAUACUGUGAUUGAGUCCUUUAUAUUAAAAACACUAAUAAUAAUCAUAAUAACCUCAUUUACAGUUGAAGUGAACUGGAAGGAAAUGUUUUCAUGAAUAUGCUGGAAUUGUUUUAUCAUCUGUUGACAGGAAGUGGGAGGCGGGUUUAAAGGUUGAGCCUGGUAGAUGUCACAUUUAUCAACACUGUCGAUCUUUAUUCACUUUUGGUUAAUUUUCCUUUCGACAGAUGUCCUCAUUUUAGUCAGUCCCAUAGCAGAGCUACAGUGUUGUGAGCUGGUCCCUGUGAGUGUUUGUGCUAUGGACUACACAGACCAUGUUGUGUUCAUACACUUUUUUUUUCUACUGAUGUUUGAGUUGAUAUUUAUGGUGUUGUGUCACUAUUUUUGCUGCACAUUUGCAUGUCUUGAAGGGGUUAAACGUUUAGGUUUUACAGUGUUUGUUUGUAUCAUAUUAUGGUCUAGUAGGUUAUAGCAUAGCGUAUUUCACACAGGGAUCUGAAGCAAGUUUAACCAUCUGUAGUCCGGUCUGUUGUACUUUUGCACUACAAAUAAUAAAUGGGAUCUUAAGAUAAGAAAUGU